AUGGGUGAUAAGCCGCUACCAUCCUCGUUUGAUGACAAUCCCGACUUCUUCCAGGACAAUCCCUGGAAGAAGCUGGGACGGCGGUUGAAGGAGGAACCACUGGUUCCCUUGGGAAUCGGCGCCACAUGCUACGCAUUAUUCCGUGCAUAUCGAUCUAUGAAGAUGGGCGACUCCGUACAAGUGAAUCGCAUGUUCCGCGCCCGUAUAUACGCACAAGCAUUUACCCUUCUCGCUGUAUGCGCCGGAAGUGUAUAUUACAAGACUGAGCGGGAUCAGCGAAAGCAGCUGGAAAAGGCAAUGGAUCUGAAGAAACAACAGACAAAGCGGGAUGCGUGGCUGAAGGAGUUGGAAAUCAGAGACCAAGAGGACAAGGACUGGCAGAGCAGACACGCUGCCAUUGAACAAGCUGCAAAAGGUGCAGAGUUGAAGCCCUUGGGGACGGACCCGGCUCCAGAAACCGCAGAGCGUGACCAGGCGGAGGAACCUGCGGCGAAAGAACCCGGUGAAGGAUCGGGCGGUGGAGUACUUUCGGCCGUUAAGAAUCUGACAUGGGGCUCGAAGUAG